AUGAAGUAUCUGUAUCUGAAUGCAGUUGUUUUAAUUGUUUACCUUUAUGGCCCGUCAUUUGCUCGGUUCAUGGCGAGAAAGGCUAGUGCUGCCCCGUCUUUUACUGUUGAUUAUGAACAUGAUCAAUUUCUAUUAGAUGGAAAGCCAUUUCGUUAUAUAUCCGGAUCAAUUCAUUAUUUUCGUAUCCAUCCUAGUCAAUGGAAAGACAGACAGCUCAUGACACCAAGAGAAGUGCUUGCAAUUAACGAUGACUGGAGGGGAGCUCAUCCACGGAGGCUCCAAAGAGUACGAGCCCUCGGUUUCAAUGCCAUUCAAUACUAUAUUCCAUGGAAUUUUCAUGAAAUCUACGAAGGAAAGUAUAAUUUCUCGGGAAUACGUAAUUUUACCGAAUUCUCUCGUAUCGCUUACGAUUUGGGGAUGUACUCGUUGGUCAGAAAACUAACUCCAAAAGCUCUACUUGUUCAAGGUCCAUACAUAUGUGGGGAAUGGGAGAAUGGUGGAUUACCAUGGUGGUUGCUGACCAAAAACAUCAAGGAUAUGAGAACAAGUGAAAGCGGAUUCAAAGAAGCUGUCGAUAAGUGGUACUCAGUUCUUCUGCCGUUAAUCAAGCCUAUGAUGCGACAUAAUGGUGGCCCAAUUCUGAUGCUCCAAGUUGAAAACGAAUACGGUAGCUAUAAAGCUUGUGACAGAAAAUAUACGAGAUGGUUACGAGAUCGAUUAUGGCACUACCUGGGAGAGGAGUCCGUGCUUUAUACAACUGAUGGUAAUUCCCUGUCGCUCGUAAAGUGUGGAUCAGUUCCACAAACUCUCACUACAGUAGAUUUCGGUACUAGCUCGAACGAGAACAUCAACAAGUCAUUUGCCCUGCAACGGAAGUUCCUACCGCAUGGUCAUGGUCCUCUUGUUAACUCGGAAUUCUAUCCGGGAUGGUUGGUACUGUGGGGUCAGAAGGACGCCAGCAUACCCUCUCCGAAUGACAUUGUGCAAUCUGCAAAAUAUAUGUAUAGUUUGGGAGCGAAUAUUAAUUUCUAUAUGAUUCAUGGCGGAACGAACUUCGGAUUUUGGAAUGGAGCUGAAGUGAACGCUCCGUGCAUUACAUCGUACGACUACUUUGCUCCAAUUUCUGAAGCUGGUGAUGUAACGCCCAAGUAUUUGGCGAUACGUUCAUGGAUAAAGAGCAUUCCUGACUGGACAACUCCGCCCCUCGACGUGCCAUCAAAUAAUCCGAAAAAGGCAUUUGGCAUUGUAGAAAUGGAGCCUGUAGAUGAUCUUUCUCAGCUAUCCAACAGGCUGAACUGUAUCACUAGCUCAAAACCUAUGUCUUUUGAGGAAAUCGGCCAACCGUUUGGAUUUGUUCUCUACACUAGGGGUACAUUCAUAAAUUCCUACAAUGGUCAAUCGAAACGAACUGUGGAUUUGAAGGGUUGCAUUCCGGGCAAUACUCUUCAAAUAUUCGUCGAAAAUCAAGGACGUCAGACUUUCGAGACCAUCAAUGAUUACAAGGGCAUCCUAUCGGAAGUUCGCAUGGAUAACUCGCAAGCAGCCGGCAGAUAUGGAGUCUACCAUGGUACUUUCCAUGUGGAUACUCCCACGGAUACAUUCCUUAACACAACCGGCUGGGGAAAAGGAGUGGCGAUACUGAACGGAAACAAUUUGGGACGAUACUGGGCGAGUGAAGGACCACAGUACACCCUCUACGUGCCAGCAGCUUUUCUUCAUUCUGGUGAAAACACGCUGUUGUUACUCGAGUUGGAGGGCAUCCAGAACUGUGACGACUCGUACUGUUACAUGUCUUUCGUGGAAGAACCUAUCUAUGUACUGAACGUUACCAGUUCGAAAGUCGAUUUCGGCAUUAGUCCUAGACAUCGUUCUUACCUGUCGGAUUGA